AUGCACAUAACUGUGCGGCUUUUAGAAAACGACAAAACCUGGCGAUUGGUUGUGCCAGUGAGUAAACAGUUAUUUUUGUAUAAAGCAAGUGUGGCUGCGAUCACGAACGUUAGGUGCCAUUUCACUAUGCAGGGCAGCAGAUUUUGGCCAUCUCUUUUUACCGUAUAGCGUACAUUCGUUUAAAACAAACACAAUUAUUGAAGAUUAUUUUAUUUAAACGUAGAUGUUUCCGAAAUACCAAUUCCCAUGUUAAUGCUUAUGUCGUUGAAGUACUCCUUUUUAAUGCAUUGUAUACAUCAAGUCUCACGCCAAUGGAAAGUGGUUACUGGAAGAGAUCUGUCGCCGAUAUGAUAUUCUGGACGAGUUGGAGUAUUUUGGCCUGCGUUAUGUUUCAUGCGAAAUGCUCUCAUCUCCAACGAAGGUGAGUUUCGGAAAAACACACUUAAGGAACAACUACUAAGUUAUGUUUGCGCUGUAUCCAUUCAGUUACACUGACUCCUGUUUUGUCCUCUUAAAGUGAUUCAGAUUUCAAUAUGGGAAUAGAGUUUUGUUAAAUUUACAAAGCCGAUAUUUAAAAAAUAUUUUUAAAAAAAUGCAACCGGAAACAAAAACCUAAUUACUUAGAAAAAAGUCCUAGAUAGUUUGAAACGUUCACAAGCAAAGCUCCUACGCAAACGUGUUCCUGUGUAUUUUACUGCCCCAUAAAUGUCUAAGCUUUAUUGUCGCAAAGGGCAAUGUUUUUAUGUCGAUUUGAGAAUGGAACCAGAAUUUCCCUAAAUUAGUUGUAACUGCCCACAGCCAAGUUCGUUUGCAUUCCUUAUUUUUAUUCAGCACUGGAUGGAUAUGACUCGCAGCGUCCAAAGUCAACUUAAAAGUGAGUUCCAGGUUCAAGCAAUGUCCUACUUGCUUUUAUCUCUGAUUUGAUUCUGCCAAUUUACAACUUAUCACAAGCAUUUUAUAUUGUUAAACUAUGCUUGAUUUGACCUGUCUAAAGUUUUGCGAAACGUCUCGUUGAUGUCUUGUUCACACAAAAUGAUUAAUUUCCGCCAAAAUUGCCUUUUUUACCACUAAAGAUAGUUGGAAUCGACUCAAACGAAACGAUUGCAAACGAAAUUCCUUAAUGCCGAUUUACGUCGCCACACCGCAAUAUCUAUUCUGCUUUAACAAAUCCAGCUUUGGCUCGGGUGUAUUUCAGUUGCAAUCUGUAAUUCGACUAGUGCAAGCGAUUCAACUCAUAACUAAACCAGUGGGCCCCCUAUGUUGCAAAUCUAAGUUAAAGUUAGUGCAAAACUAAACCCGCUUUCCUGUAUGGCGGCAACUAUUUCCUUCUUGAGUCAAACGUUUUGUUUUCUGACCAAAGGGACAACCAACAUGCUGACUUUUUAAGAGCCACUUUACUCACUUUUACUUUUUUCGGAAAAUUUAGAUGCAUAGUAAUUUGCUUAAAAUAUGCCAGGAAGAUGACAAGCGUUUUUGGUCAGCAAAGACGUUCGACUUCGGGCAUUCAUCGAUGUCAGAAAUAUCAUCAGAUUGAUUGAAGUUUGGUUUCAUUCUUGUCAUGGAAUGUCAAAUGUGGUUUUCGAGCCUUAUAUUAUUAAUCUAAACACUUCUGAGCUUAGAAUAUGAUUUUUCUUCAUUACUUUUAUUUUAGACACUAAUCCGCUUCAAGUCUCUUUCCGAAUAAAACAUUAUCCGGCGAAUCCGUUUGAUGAGUUCAAACUUGAAAAGUCAAAGUAAGUCGCAUCCCUCCAAUAUGCCUUGCAACCCUGCAUCUUAAGUUCUUUCGUCCAAAUCCAGGCUUGAAGAGAACUUCAUCCCUUUGAUAGGUAUUUACGUGACUCUAGGUUUAGAACUAUUUAGAGAACUUUAAAUUUUUUCAAACAAAAUGCAAAUAAAAUCUGGUUUUAAACAUUCACGCAGAUAUGGGACAUAACUAACUAAUAAACAAAUCUGUAGGUAAUUACGGUUUAAACCUUUUUAGCCAUCAAUUAUUGAUUUUCAAGCAAUGAGAGGAUAAGCUGAAUUUGGCGGCAUAUGUUGUCACCGUUGCUGUUUAAUAUGUGGUUUUGAUUUUCCCUCGCGAAAUGUUUUUAUUGAUUUUCGCAAAAACGGCCAUGUGCAACGACUUUUGCGGCGUAUGCCUGUAAAGCCUAAGACAGGCGUACAGCAUUUACAAUGAGUACAGUUUAUUUCAAAACAGAUUUCGCAGUACUGCAUUAUUCUCAAAACUCUCUUGUCUCUGUUCCAUAACUUCAGUCAGUUGUUCUCGAACUUCGUUCCAGUCUGGACUCCACAAAGUUUCGUAACCAAAAAAGCCUUCCGGCUGUAGUCUCAUGUAAGGUCCGCAGCCAAAAACGAUGACGAAUGCAACCUAUAGGCACUGUUAACUGGAUCGCAGCGGGAGGACAUGAACUUGGAACUGAUUAACUUGUUAAGCACACGUGAAAAUAGAGAAGUCGGCUUGCAUUUGUUGCCACAGUUGACUUUCAAACCGACGGCUUCACGGAGCCCAAAAUGCGGCCGGUCGGUAAAUUCACCGGCUGCCUUAUUAGUAUUCCUUUAGACAAAUAGUUUUUAUCUGGCUGAACUCAAUCCAAAAGGGGGAAUUCGGUAUUUCAACUUCACUUGUUUAGGCGUACUCACGGGCAUAUCAACCGCAACUUGUCUUAACCCUUCAGUUGAUCAUUAUUUGUGUUAGAUUGAGGCAAAUAAACGGAAAAUGGAUUGCGAGUCGUUCCUUAAGGGGCGAAAAUUGCGGACGGGGAAUUCCUUCAAGCAGUCCGGCGACUGUUACUUUGCUAAUGACGGUUGCCUCAUUUGGGAUUUGCCCUUGCGGUAAAUGCGAGAGCAAACCAUCAAGUCACUGCCUGCCAAUCUGAGUACUUUUCGCUCUCUUCCCUCUCUCUCUUUCACUCACUUCCUUCGAGUGAACACGUUCCUAACGCUAAACAAAUUUUCGCCUUCAGUUGCUCAAAAACUUAUGUGGACAGUAUUCUAAGAGUCUCCUGAAAAUCUCUUCUAAUUUGGCCAAGCGUAUGUAUAGUCUGAAGUUCGUUCAGCCAGACGGCUUUUUUUGGUUUGCAUUAAAUCGUAGCGACUUCCUCCCGCUGUCACUUGCUUAUAAUUUAUUUGCUCUACUUUGCCAAUCAAAUUCCGACCUUGAAUGUCCUCGAUAGACCAGACAGAUCUAUGCUUAUUUCAGCGUUACGGGACAAUUUUGAGGCAAUUCGUGCCCAAAUAUUCUGCCUCCUUCACGCAUUUCUAACGCCUCGCAUCCAGGCUCCCAUUCGUAACCUACGACGCGUCGCCUAUGCGCCCUCUAUGUUUGGAUUUCAGAAUCUGGUGAUCGCUAUGCGUACCCGCAUUCUCUGCCCUAAAAUGGCCACAGCACUGUUAACGCAAUGUAUUUACCGUUUGGGACUAGUAUAUUCAGCCCUGUGCAUCAUCACCUUCGUAAACCUUGAAUAUAUACUAAAAGGCCGUUUGACAUCUAGAUAGUUCAGGUUCAUGCGAAACACUGGCGAGAGCACUUACAUAGUGCAGGUUAGACUAGAGUAGCAAUGCCAUUGUAAACUAAGCCAACAUGUAGGCCGCAGACUAGUUAAAUUUCUUAACUUAUCUCGAAUUGCCUCUUGUCUUUUUUGGUCAGACGUGGUUAUGAAGCCCCACCUGAAGUAAACUAACCCCAGUCCCCUGUAAUACGGGAUCGGUGGUAAUAGGGGAUUUUUACAGCUGGGGCCGGGCAACGCACAGACGACGAGGUCAAGUAGUUUUGUGCAAAAUAAAAGCUACUGUGAAUGCGCGGUUGUACUUUGAAUGGUUGAAAAAUAGUUGCCCUAACCCCUAACCCUAACCUCUAACCCAAAUCCCUGACUCUAAACUCUGACCCCAAGCCUGACCUUAACCCUUAACCGCAGCCCCAAAAGCCUAAAACCAGCAGUAUUUUGCCCAUCGGGUGGGGCUCCAUAACCAUAUCUAACCGUCUUUUUAAAAACAUAUAUAUUUAACGUGCGUAUUGAAACAGAAAUAUAAACGUGACCCAUAUGCUCAGCUUGCGACUCGCUGCGGGCUGUAUUUUUCGACAAAUUGCCACUAGCGGACGCAUCGGAUGACCACUCAGCUAGGCUGAAAGGUAUCUAAUGGCUUACCCGGGCCUUCAUGGCCUACUUUUAAGGAAUUUAACCAAUAACUAACCAAACGAUCAUACGGUUACUUAUAAAAGAUGACGCACUUUAUGUUUUAGCUUCCUGUGUGAACCUGACUUCAUGCGACAUGAUAAGUUGUCGAUUUUACAGGAAGUGCGUGUCUGCGGCGAAGGUGCAGUUGAUUUCGCGUUUAUGCGAAAGUGUUCUUCAAAUAUGCUAUUCGUAGACUGUUGGGCGCGUUGGCUGCCAUAUGUGGAGCCGGUAAUUGGAAAGGGAACACUAAAAUUUAAAUUCUCUGCAGCCCUUGAUUAGAGCACAACUGCGAAGUUUAAAUCAACAACUUCAUAAAUUUCCUUGAACAAAAGCAUGCAUGGCUUUUGCCAUGCUACAAAACAUAGCUUAUCCACAUAGCAGCUGUACUGCACACAGUGGUGUUUAUCCAAGGCUCUUGUUCUUCUUGUUAUCCGGUGACUCUGAAACAGAAAAACAGAACACCUGUCACUCAUUCAUGCUCAUGGCACUCUGACUAGUCUCUAACCGUGAUCAAAUUUUUGAUUGACCAGUGAAGACCGAUCGUCUGGUGGGUGCAGCUGUUUUCAAUCGCACCAGGAAACCAGUUGUGAAUUUCAGUAAAAUAAUGUAUCAGAAGUAAAGACUAGCUCCCUACCUUGGAUGGUAUAAAAGGAAGAAACUCGAGUCUUUUUUCGCGCACGCGACGCAUCUUAGGUUCUCUUUCUAUCUGCUCCUCUGUCUACCUAUUUUUUGCUUGCCUCAGCCAACCCAAACCCCCAGAAGAUACCUGCGUUUAGGGGUACACGGCCCUGUGUUCUGUCUAGACAUGCUCCGUUGUUACUCUAUAGUAGCUUGUGUUUCUAACUCAAUUUGUGUGAAGAAGUGAACGAUAAUUAAGGUAACCCGUUUUCCUUUACGGCUUUUUCGCGUUCGCAUUUUCAAUAAAUGUGCUUGUUGACAUUCAAAAAAACAUACAGAAGAUAGUACCAUUUAUGAAUGUUAGGGGACAUAUAAGCGGGCCUAGUUUGUUUACCGUCUUGCUUUCACCUCAACCACUUGACUCUGGAAGAUAUCUCCCGUAAAGAUUCGGAAUUUUGGUUCUGCUCUGAUCAGGAUUAGGGGACUGUGAGGAAUUUUUGAGCACAGGUGAGAAUACGUCUUGGUCUGGCCUCCGGACGUUCCAUCACUUCUUCUCUUCCCAUCCUGCACUUGGCAACUUAACAUGCUCUGCGUUUUUUCUAACCAUUGUAAGACUUUUCUUGUAUAAAGUUCCCCAUUUGACUGAACUAUCAGCUUCUCGGUUAGUAAUUCGUCGAUAAACAAGUCAUCGCCACCGUGGUCCGGACAGUCGGUCUGGACUUGCAAUUGCGACACACUCGAGGCUGUCGCAGCUCUGUGGGGGUAUGUCAAAUCAAGAGCCAAUAUGUAAAUACGCAUAAGUGUCUAGUGGUUGCCAGCAAGCAUGACCGAAAAACAGCCAGGAUAAUGAACAUUUUGUUCACGCCACAUAAUCUUGACGGUUCAUUGUGAACAGGUGGGUUUGGGAGUUAGCUGAAAUUGGGACUCAGUGUGCGGAGGAACAUUCAGCGUACCCUGCGUCCUGAAGAGAGUAUGAGUGCGGUUCACCCAUCUGGCUGUACAAACAGGCUAUUUUUGUCCGAUGGCGUUUUUACCAAGCUAAGAGUUUAUCAAUGCUUCGUUUGAUUCCUUUGUUCGUUUUAUCGAAAUAAAAUGAGCGUCUAGAAUUCCUAAGGGUGACUUUGAUUGCGUUUCUUACCACUGAGUAGCCUGAAGUCGAAAAGGUACUGUGCCGUGAUGCAGGACUAGGUAAAAACAGAGAUACUGAGGCAUCUCUUAAAAAGACAAGUUUACUAAACUAACGAACAUUUCUAAGACUCUUUGUCAGUGCUGCACUUUUUCAGCCGGCAGCUCACACGAGGGUGAAAUGAAAUCCAGGGCGAAGUUCCGUUUUUUGGCACCUACGUUGCACAUCGGAGAUUUAUUUAUUCCUUAUAGUCCACUCACAACUCUCAACUGAUCUUAUGCCUGGAAGGGUGUCGCGUCUAUCUAUUACCAAACUUUAUAUCUGACUGGCUAAUCCUGAUAUCUCAGUCGACAGAGCACUCGAGCGCGAUACCAGCCGGGUUAGCGAUUCUGGAGGCAGAUUUCUUAAAAGUGUGCUGUUAUUUACAAAUUCUGCGUCUCCUUCAGUUUGGGACCAUUUUGUGGCCAAACUAGCCAACAAGUCCUAUUCUAAUGGUUUCCGAACUUUUACUUAGAUCACAGACGCAGUGUCUAUGCGAACUCUAAAUCAAAGCCAGUUCGACUAAGGUUGAGGCAAGGCUUGUAUGCUUGUGGAUGGAAGCAAGAAGCAUCUUACAUGUGCCUGGUGACCAUCUUCUUGCCUCACCGAAACUCAGGGUAAAGGCCACGAAUCGAGUAGGAAUUAACGAUACGAUUUCGUAACCUCAUUUUCAACAGUCGUUGUGUAUUAAAGAGAUAAGAUAAACUGUUCAAUUAAAAAACGACCCAGUGACGAGUUUUUCGCUCUAAGUUGAACUAGCUUCCCUCCCUCCCUCAUCAUUCGCAUCGCCGUGCCAGACCAAUAAUACAUGUUUUAUUUUUUAUCAAAUUUCAGUCCUCUAGGUCGUUUGCUAAUUGGACAGUUUGUCUUAUUAAUACGCAAUGGCUGUACGUGUUUCAAGAAGAGGUCGCAAAAUUUUGUCAUAAUUAAAUCCUGCAUGUUUUGUCGCGUUGUCUUGUUCAAGUGUAUUGCGGGAAAAGUGUUUCAAUUGUAACCAAUAAUUUUGAUGAAAGCUACUUACAUGCGUAGUUCUUCUUCUAAGUACGUCAUCUCACUUUAGCUUUUGUCUUUUUAUUUUUGUGGUGCCUGAAAUGGGAAAGAACAUUCCUUCACUGCGUGGAAUUUAGAGUCUCCUUGACAGUCUUGGUUAUUUGUUUAGACUCUUGGAGUAGGAGGAUGCUUUAUAAUUAAAUCAUUCACAUUGGAUGAAUUGCAUUCACGGCGCAGACAGAACGUAUUACCCUAGUCACGCUGCUUAACGGUGCAAAAUUGAACCUGAUCAUCAGUCCAUAAGGUAUUUCAACUAGAGUGCCUUACAUUAGUUUCUCUGCAGGGUUUACAGUAGGGGACGAGAAUGGGAACUCUCGUAAUACAAAUGGCGUUUCACUUAAUCCCAGGGAGAUAAUGGCUAGUGUUAAGGUGGGGAUCACGGUUAAGGUCAGGGUUAGUGCAAAGAUUAGGAUGAAGACACGGAAAUUGAUACACUUCCUGGAAUUUAGCACAAGACCACCCGCAUUACAGGGUUUCCUAUUACUCCGUCUUACUGGUUUUGAGCACAAUGUUCAGGGGAACUGUUCAGCACUUGCACGUUUCUCUCGGGGUUAAGUUUAUUCCUUUUGGCGCAGUUUUGUGUUAGCAUGAAUAGCCGCGCUCAAUAUUUUCAAACGAGAGUUAAGUAACUGGAAAACAGACAGUCAGACUGUUGCCCAGAUCAAAUCAAGAACAUGAGCAAUGGGUAACAGCCUCCUUCUAUGCACAACUUUUCGUACAAAAACGAUUAAAAACACGCUGUGGGGCGCCAAAAUUUGGUUCUACAACCUUGUGUUUAAAUUAGUCUGCCUCUUGGACUAAAAAUCUACGUGAGAUCUUGCGCGAACGUUCGGGCGUGCGUGCCCUGGUCGGUUUGUUUCGUUCGAUGGUGCCCGGCAGCUCUUCAUCAAAGGCAGCCUAGAAAACCCAUCGAAAGCACAACUUGAUGUCGCACGCGCGGAUGUCCCAGUGCUGUCUUCUGAUUGGCUGGGGUUUUGUUUGGAUAAUGGACAUUUUCUCGUUAACUAAACACUACUCAGAUUUGUCAGCCCCAUUUGAAUAUGCUGGCAUACUUCGUUUGCAACCGGACACACACACAAAAGACUGAAAACUUGGCUGCAAGGUUACGCAUUAUUUCGUCCCCUUGACCCAAACCCACAUACCUUUGGGUAUUUCUUGUAUUCUUAUCCCCGAGCAAAAUAAACUGACCGGCAAAUCACAAAGGAUAACCACAAACGAAAGACGUACUAAGAUGUGCGCUGUAAGUAAAUUGAGAAGUCAGGGACUGAAUUAACUUUGAAGGCCAAAUGAAUGAGAGCGACGUUCUCCCGUCCCCCACCUGACUGCGUCAUUGGGGAAGUGUCUGCCCUUGCGCCUACACUGGUUGGCUUGGCUGUUUACCAGGUAAUGACAACAUUAAACAAGCCCUAGAUAGCUCACCGCGAAUGUUGUUUUGACGGGUGUCUGACAGCCACACCUUGACCAACUGUUUUUCCACGUGGUUGUCACCCCAACCCACUACACUGAGCACAGAGAAGACGGACUUGCGGUCAGCCCGGGCAUCAGUGAUCGCCACGUGUGAAUUCGAGUCCCACCUCCGCGCCACCGGUUGGUGCUCAGGUUUCACCAUUUGGUCGCUUCGUCCUGCCAUCUCCACGUUUCUUUUCUCGUUUCAGGUACCUACUUUUUCACCAACUUCGUCGCGACUUCCUCAGUGGUCGUCUAAUCGCCCCGCACGACAUUCUCAUAAAGAUGGCUGCUCUGUUUGUUGAAGGCAAGCGUGAUUCGCAGUUCGUUUAGUUUGCCUUUUUUCUAUGGAAAAAUAUUUAUUGUAUGUGAAUAAGUCGGAAUAGUCCCAGGCGGGAACUUGAAAAUAAAUAUAAACAAACUAAGGAGGAUACUGAUAGUUCUAUUGAUAACAUACUUUUUGUGAUGAGGGGAAUUGCUAUCUUUAUGAACGGUCUGGACGUCAACGCUGUGUGAGGUCUGGCUAUGACCUAGAAAAACGUCAACUAAAAAACAACUAGCGUCCUUGAAAACGCUAAGUAUCGCUGCCGUCAGAAGACCCAGCGCUGCACUUGAGGUAGAGCUAUUAAACUGAAUUACUUAAUUUUCAUUUUAGUGUAAAAGGUGUUCACUGAACCAGUUAAGUCUUUAUGCCAGUGAAGUGUGUGGAAAUUUAGAGCAAUUCUCCGUGUUCUCGAAGUAGCAGAGCAGCUGCCUAAGUGACCUUUCAACACAAAUGCUGUCUAACGUUCUGCAUGGUGGCUGUCCCAUUUUAUAGAACUACAGCAGCCGAAGGUAUUUUGUUUUGGGCAAUCGCAACGAAAGCAUGAUUAGAUUGUAUAGCAAUAAAACCUGCUUCCUUAAGCUAUACUAUACGGAUCUGGAGUAAAUCAAUUGGGUCUGAAUUGUCGAAAGGUACGCUAAAUUCUGGCGUACGCACUCGAAAGUCAUGGAGACGGGGGGGGGAGAUGCACUCGAAUGUGAUGUUUACUGUGUUGUGUAUUGUAGUCAACAAAACUUUGAAAAAUACCCAUGUUUUGUAAAGUGAGGCAGUGAUGGGUAAAUAAAGUAUGGCCUUUACUACUUAUGGUCUCCUCCCAAGUAAGACCGUUAAAUUUUAUUGCUGCACAUCUGACCAACAGAAGUAUGAGCAUACCACCGGCCCAGUGACCGUGUAGGAUCAUAUUCAACUUUCCUUUUUGUUUGAUUUAUUUGUGAGCAUUCUGCACUUGCCAAGGCGCUAACGGCACUAGGGAUAAAGGGAGCUCUUAGAAUUUACCCUACGAUGUGUUCAGGUUUUAUGCGUUGCAGUGAUAUAUCUCGCACACCUCUGGAUUCUUUUGGUAGCCUCACUUUUUGCACUAGUAAGAUUCUUAGGAAUUUUAGUGGUUAAUAUUGUUGGUGUUACUGUUCCACAUAGCUCCGUUAAAAAGCCUUCCUUUCAAUCUGUUUGGCCAUUAGAUUGCGAUCUCAACUUCCUUUAUUAUGUCUCCUUCAUACGCUAGCAAUGAACAUGGUUUCGAGGCAAAAAUAUGAUUACAUUGUCUCUCCUAAUAUGCUACGUCGUCAAACAAAGUAGUAUAUUUUUUCUCAGCCACCAUUAAAUAUCUUGAUACGCUUGAUUAUCAAAAGUUUUCCCCAGUAAGAACCUAACUCACGACGUUUUCUUCUUAGUCUGGGAGGCGAGCGUGCUUGAUAAGUCGAUAAGAGAGCUUUCGCCCUGAAAAAGGGUUAUUUAUAGGGCUUCGUCAGUGGCCUAUCUCAUAAAAUGCUAAUCGAAAUUCUAAAACGUGUUUUCAAGUAGGAAGGCCUACUUAAAAGGGGUUGUGAUAUUGAUCAAGGUGCAACAAUUUCAAAAUAUUUCAGUCACGUCAGGAUGUUGGCUUUUGGAGGUCCUUCCUUUCGGUCACUUGCAAAAAACUCACUCAGUAAAAAUGGUUACUUAAGCGAUAUCCAUUUUCCCAUUGAUUUUGACGCCGUUAUUAAUUCAAAUAUACCUUAUAGAAAACUUGAAUGAAAAUAUUAUAUUUAUUUAGUAGCAAACUAAGUCUUCUUCAAAAUUGCUACUAGAAGGAAUAAUAUAUUUAAGUUUUGAAAACGUUUGUAAAUAUGAGUUUUUAAGACCGUGAGACAUCCAUUAAAAAAGUCGUAUCUGUUCGCGUAUAGUGAUCCUUAGCAAGUAUGCAUCAUAUUUCACAUUUACUGAAAACGUUUAUAGUCCCUAUAGGAUAUCUUUUAAAUAGCGUAGAGGAAUGUGUUAUUUUUCUUAUACGCAAAGUUUACAGCUUGUAGAAUGUAAACCCUAAAAGCAAAUGCAACGGCAGGCCUGGACCGAAAUUAUUUGGAAAUUGAAAGUUUUCUAAAACCUUGAUAUACUAUACGUUUUCAUCGAAUAUAAGAUUUUAAGAAGACAUGUUUUACCCUAAAUCAGUGCACCAAAGGAUAUUUUUGAACAUGUUUUCGCCAAAAUAUACAGUAGUUAAUCUAUCUAAUGAAGAGCCAACCAAAGUCCUUAAACGUAUUUUCGGUUAGAAUGGACUGUUUAAGUGGGACUGUAGUAUUAAUUCAUCCUACAACGUGCAGCGCAAUCCCGCAAUAUUUAAAUCAGGUCUGGGUGCUGGCUUUUGAACGAACUUAUUCCCGGCCGUCUGUAGGAACCACUCUCCGUGAGCAAUGACUAGGUCAGUAUGAAUUUUCCUAUUCAUUUUCGAUUCUCUAAUAAAUUCAGGAAUAUUUUGAUGAAGGCACACACGAAUACCAUUUAUUAUACUUAUUUGGAAGGAAAUUACGUCUUGCUUAAAUUUUAUACUUUAUGGAAGAGUAGUUUCCCAGUUAAAAAUAAAUAAUUAUGAGAUUUUAAAAGACUAUGUAAUUCUCAUUCACAUAUCAUCGUACCUGUCCGUUUAUGAACGGUGCCUAUGAAGUAUACGAAAUGGUCCACAUUUAUUACACACUUCUAUGCACCCUGUAUGACUUCAGCUUUAGAGCGUAGAGCAAUGUGCCAUUUCCAUUGCGCGGGAAGUGUACAGCAAGCGGAUUGAAAAUCCUGAGCACAAGUGCAACCAGAGGUUGGGUUACGAAUAAUUUGGAAAUUAAAAAGUCUUGUUAAAAUUUAAAGAUUCCCUUUUCAUGCAUAGAGUCUGGAGAAUACUCAACAUGCUACCAAAUGAGUACAAAAAGCAAUAUUUUAAUUUAAAAGAAACAGGAAACCAGUGACACAAUUUUACCUGCUUUAACAGUCAUUUUUGGAGUGUAGCUUAUACAUGCAGUCAAAAAUAAGCUCAUUCCAAAACCGACAUCUGGGUGCGACUGAAAUGGCUUGGAAUUGUGUUGCACGAUAAUUAAUAUUGUAGUCCCUUCAAAAAAUCGGCUUUAAUUGAAAACAUUUUUUUUAAUCUCAUGAGGUUGGUCACCGAUCACAUGUAAGAGUUAGUUUUUUCUAAAAUCGUUCAAGGCAGGCUUUAGACUAACGGCUAAAGUUCUGCUAACUCCAGUGGCUGAAAAUAUUUUGGAUGCAUCCAUGCGUAGGCAUAAGAAGACUGUUCAUUUCGUCCUUUUGCAUUGGAAAACUUUUGUAGGGAGGACUUUUCUAUCACCGAUGGGCUUUAAAACCUGAAAGUUUACUUCUGUGAUGGGGAAUAUACUGACCGACUGGCAUAUGCCUUCACACGCCAGUAUGGUGGUUUAAAAAUCAUUUGUAACCAACAGUAGACUUUAAAUCUCUUUCUAUAAGCAAGAUGGAAUGUCAUUAGCAUGUUUCGUGAGAUCUGAAUGGCUAAUUUUAUCUAAGUUAUUAUUAUUAAGACUUAUUGCUCGCACAAGACUGCACAAACAGGUCUACGGUGCAUUUAUUUUGAAGUGCUUUAAGGAUCGACUGCAGGAACUUGAGAUAACGGACCGAUGUGUAGCAUCAGAGUAGGAAGGUCACUGCGUGACACUUGAAAACCGAUCUUGAUCAGCAGCCAUCUGUGAAAAUAGUGUUCGAAAAAUAGCAUCUUUGGCCCUGGUGAACUUGUCAUGGCUAAAAGCAUAUUAGUUUAACUAUGUGGCAAAACGUAUUUGAGAAAUUGGUAGAAAUCGUCCACUUUAUUUACCUAGGAAAGCGAGAGGGUGUCCGAAAACCCAGCGGUCACCUAGUCCCUAUAAUAACGUUUCUGGCUGCGUCCACUUUUUAAAGAUCUGUCCUUUCUGCACACCUUUCGUCAACGAUAAAAACCACCUUUUUCUCUUUCACGUGCCACUCAUAAUUCCUACACUCGUGCACACACUCACCCAACAGUCAUACUCGGCGACGCCUCCGAGCUAGAACCCCAACCACCGGCUCAGUCCGCUGAUUCGCUCGAUGCGCCAACGUACCUCUCAAACUUUCGCUACCUUCACACCCAGUCGAAGCGCACCGAACAGGAGGUUAUUGCUGAGCACCGGAAGUUGCAGUACGUAAUUAACACUCAUCGUAGUGCACUCUCUCUCUAUUCCCCCUCCUUCUCAAUCAAAUACACAAAGGAUGAUUGCGGACUGGUGGGAAUUCAUUGAAAUCGUGCGCGCACAGGUUUGCCAACCGGCCUUUUGAAUUUUCCAAUAAGCCUAUUUGUAGAAUUCAAAAAUUCUAGGUCGGACUAUCGGCACUGAGGAAUUCACACAGGCGGAAAUUCUUUUUGCAACGAAAUGGCUUUUCUUUAGUCUUAACUUUGCCGUUAAACUAGGAAGCUUUACAGCUGACGGUUUCGGCCUGCUGCCCUAUUGCGUUUGGAUGCUAUGUCGCCUCUUCACUAGGUUGCUGAAGGCUUUAUUGUCUUGGGCAGAUAGGCAAGUUUGAACGACAUGGUGGGAUUUUUCACUUCUUUGUCGCACCUUAUUUAAGCAGAAAGUAAUUUUGCACACAUUUUCUGGUUGAGAACUUCUCAGCGAAAUCUAAUCAUUUAGCAAAUAUCAAAAGAGGCGUCCCCUGUUCUAUAACACUAACUGUAAUAUUCUCGCUCGCAGAGAACAGGUAUACUUCUUUUUUCGCUUUUUAAUUUCCCUAGAAACUAAUGCGAUUACUUGCAGUAAAGUCUUCGAGACAAACCUUUUCGGGCUUUUUUCAAAAGUUGAUAUGAAUAUUUGAAUAUUACGCGAUCCCUCCUCAGACGCUGGUAGACUUCGUCUCACAUAUCUAUAUAUCUCUUCGAGCAAAGCCUGUCUCGAAGGAUUUACUCCAAUCUAACGCAUUGGUUCUUACGGAGGUUAAAAAUCCGAGAUUUCAAAUAUGCCAGAAAGUACAUGGGGAACGCUGAUGAGCCGUACCCCACUCGUCUGCGCAAUGCGGCGAAACACUGUCUGUUUUGUCAGUUAGACCAGUCAUGCGAUAUUUUUAUUUCCCAAAGAGGUGCAUGCAGUUGCGUAGACUACUGACUAACCUCCCUCUACCUCAGGCGUGCAGGAAGAAGGCGGUGGUCGUUGUUUGGUUAUGGCCCCCUUUUAUUCUCGCAGCUGAAAUUGUUUAAACAUCCGGUUGACUUUUAUUCUCUAUUUGAACUAAGGCCGCCGUUCACAUCCGCCAUUAGUGCCGCCUUGAAUGUAAGGCCAGGAAAUGAAACUAACUGUAGGAUGUCGGUCUCCCGGACUAAUAGUUAAGUGGGAGGUCAAUACGUCAUUUGUCAUCAGAUUGCGGUAUCUGCACAGAAAGUUCUGCUUCGAUGGCUUUAAAUAGGCUUUUUCAACGUCGACGCCGCAGGCAAAGAGGGCAAAAAGGAAUGCCACAAAAGCCUCUGCGGGCUUUCCAAAAAUACUUCGGGAUGAAUUAUUAAUCCUAGGGACCUUCGUACGGGAUCGGCAGGCUUGACGAUCUGUUGUAAAGAAUGAAGGCGCCACCUUCAAACUAAGCGAGUACAACGAGAUGUGGAAAGAACACAAGAUUGGAACAUGGAAAAAACAAAGUUGUUCACGUCCAAUUCUUUUGCAAGCGCGUUUAAUGCCGACGCGCAACCAAGACUCCCAUCGGACUUGAGGGGUACCUUAGCACCCAGCGCAAAGAUAAAAAGGCCGAGUAGCAUGCCGAAGAAUUCUGUCUCCUAUCACCUGGAGUGCACAUCACGACCACAUCACUGCAGCAUCUUGCGCCAACCCACCCAUCAAAACUCCUGCCUCCAGUAUAGGCGUACGCUUAUGACCUAACUGCGAUCCGACCGUCCCUAUCAUAAGGGCCAAGGGCCAUCUCGUGCAUGGGGCGCGUAGACGGACGGUUUGUCCCUGUCAGCCCCCGCAUCCGACUCUGCCUCCAGUCUUCUUGACCCUAUCUUGACACUGGGCUCAGAUGGGUAAAGGAAGAGCGAGAAGGAGAACGCAAGUCACCUAUGCUAGCCCACGUCGUGGCGCAUGUGGUGGAGGUCGCCACUUGCGAUGGUUGAGUUGCGUUGUGCAUGCGUGUGUGUGUGUGAUUCGGACAGUGACUUGGGCCUGGGAAUGGGAAGGGAGGGUGAGGUCGAUGACUCAGCGUAUUUUUCUCACUAUAAACAAGCUGACGCAACUUGAAGAUAUCACGUUGCGCUGGAAGCCGUGGCUUGGAAGGUUACCAAAUCACGGGAUAACUUGGACUUCGCAGUCUGCCCAGUGUUGUGUGUUUUUGUUGGUUAAAAUCCUGGUCAUAUUCUAUGUGGGCAAGGGGUGUGGAGUGGAACGCCAAGGUGCGGGCUGGAUUGCGUCAUCCGCCUGCGCUAUCCCCCGCCUCCGGUCUUUUUGACUAUGUCUUGGCAUCCGGUCCAGGUGGGGGAGGAGGAGUGAAUGCGGUAGAUAUGACGCAAGUCUGCAUUCGCGAUAAAAUAAAAUCACGCGCAAGUCGCCGUGCCUGUUUCACCUUGUUGUAAAGCACAAGGUGGACAUCGGUGAUAACGACGGUCGAACUAUCGGGUGUGCGUGUGCGUGUGCGUGUGCCCGAUAUCUUCAAAUCCAAUUUCCAUGACCACUUGCCCGCGAAUGACUCUGCGCCAAGGAGCACAACGGAAAAGGGCAUGCAGUAGAGUGUGGACUUAUUUGUUUUAGCUGCUGCAAAUUCUAACUGGCCAUCUGUCCGGAGAAGACGUUAGACAUGCGUCAACAGGUGUCCGAUUGUGAGUACAACGAACCCAGGGCCGAUGUUGGUGGAAGUCGCUUCACAACAGUGGACAAAUUAACGUUCGGUAUGAGUACGAUUUCAGGAAACAUCUAGAUCGACGGCGGAAUCGCAGGUCGGAUCUCUAAGACGAGCUACAUGUUCGGCCGGUUAGAAAACUCCGUCCGAAAUCGCCGAGGCAUUUUCAACACAAAGUCGGUGAUGCAAAUGGCUGUGUUAUGACAAUGUCCCAAUGCUAUCGUAAACGCGGCAUUCUGCGAGAGACAAGCUAGGUGAGUCAGGCAUUUUUUUACCUCAGCUGCCUCCCAGGCAUACUGAAAGGACGUUGCUAGAAGGGGUUUUAAAAACUGAGGUUCUGGAAAGAUCCGAUGUCCUCAAUACUCAAGUCAUGUUGAAGCAGAUACAACUGAAGUAGAGCUGCCACAGAGUAAAGGUGAGUAACAAGCGCAUGCUCAGUUUGUUACUCUUCAUCGACCUCGGUACCGGUAGCAGUAAGCACGGCGAACUAAAACGUCCAUACUAGGACACCCUGCAAGCCUCAUUCAGACGUCCGUAAAUGAAUCCGGGUGCCCGGGAGGAUAUUAGUCAGGAUCGCCAGACGUGGCGCAUUACCGUAAAGGACAAGGCAGACAUUUUCCAAGUCAACCGAAGUUCACUGCAGGUGCAAAAAAGAGAGGCGUGCAACACUGAAGUGCCACGGACCAACGACGUAAGCACCCAACCCUUACCACCGUGUCCGUACUGUUGCCGGACUUCCGGGUGCAGACUCCACCGGACAUCUGCAGACCCAGUGCAUUGUUGACACGACCAACCCGCCUAUUCUCUCGCAUAGCAACACCAGAAGUACCAUCCUCGGGGGUAAGCCUGUCAUCCUGUCAACUAACACCACCGUCGUCCAUCCCACCAGCAGCGUGGACUCAGGUCCACUCUACCCCCAUUCUGACAGCAUCCUCAAGUUGUGCCUUAGCCUGAUUUGCUGUUUGCGAAUCCAUCGCAAUAUGAGGGACGAACCAAUUACUGGAGCCUCGGUAUACACCCGCCACACACGCCUCGCCUGCCAACACUGUCUUAGGAUAUUCGGCCAUCGCACUGACGCGCUCGGACAUAUACGCCCCCAGGAAACUCUUCAGUAUAAUUGCACAGUCCAAACUCAAGCACCACAUCCCGCUUUAUCUGCCCACACAAACCACCAGGACUGUACACGAAACUUCUUCAUAACACGCGCAUAAGGAACAUCUCACAUUUACGGUUGUCGGAUUUCUCCUGCAGCAGCUACGCCGUUCGCUAUGUCCGCGCCAAUUCAGUGGGCUAAACGUUGCGUGUCAAAGUUUGCACACCUUUCUUGCUUGGGAAGCAUGUUUUUAUGCGUGGAACGACGACCAGUUUGGUUUUGUCAGUUUGUGCGUCUAGUCUCAUCACCAGUUGUCCAGUAGGCUCAAGGGAAUUUAUUCUCACCAAAAUUAACCCACUUCUUGAUAUAGUUAGUAUGACGCGUGGACGUGGCUUGAAAGCUGCGCAGCUGAUGGGAUUGUGCGGUCCUUCUGAGAAAUGAGAGUCAGACUACAAUGACUUCUUUUAAUGUGGCUUUCAUGUCGCUCCUAGUCGUCCGCUCGUAGUCCGUCACACACCAGGCGGAAACCAGGCUGUGUGUGGCCCGCGAAGACAGACCGUGUAAAGUUGCCAGUCCCUGCGCCCCUGUCCGGCUUCGGAAGUCCUGAAUUCAUUUUUCCAUCGGUAAUUGGUGGGGGACUGUAGAGAGGCUGCUGUAGAGGGAUGCAGCUCUGCCGCACCUAUCCCAUGAGGCACGCAGCUGCGAUGUUAGAAUCAACGACGGGGCUAGGACAGGACUCGUUGGAACCUCUGAAUACGCUGUAACAUCGACCACUAUGCUUUGCAACCCGUUGCUGCAACCACGAACAUAACCUGAAGAAGAUAGUUAUCAGUAACUAAAGCGGUUGAACUACCUCAACCAAGUUUUUCCCGAACGGGUUAAAUUUAAUUUUUGUAUUGGGAUUAACUGGGACGCCGCAACUAUGGGGUGCAUGCCUCCGCUCUACGGCUUGGAAAGACUAAACUCGAUGAGGCAAAGCACUCCAAUACCGGGGGAAUAACAGCGAUAUUGCCGUACUCACUGGCAGGACGCUUUCCUCCCUUUCUCUUUGGCGUCGCCACUGCAUGCGGUCUGCCCUACUUAUAACAAAUAAUUUGUCGUAAAGCGAUCAGGUGUGUCGUCUAAGUGAUCUGAGUUGCUCGGGUUAUUCAAACGUGUUUUGGCAGAUUAUGACUAGUUCAUUUUGAUACAACUGCAUGAAACCCAGCGGCCUUGGCGGGAUUUGAACCCACGACAUCAAGGGCAAGGCUUGAGUACAACCGACGCUCUAGUAACCUGAUUUAUGAGGUCUCACCGGGAGCCCUGCGUUUAAUCACAUUUGGGUUAAGUCACCCGCCUAGCCUACUGCACGCAUGAAAUCCUCCUAAUCUGAUACAAUAAGCUGGCUGUCCAAACAGGAUUUCUUAAGCAAUCCACCUAGAAUCCGUCAGACGACUUCCAUACGUUGCAGUGGUCUGGACGGAUUACUUGACUAAAAUUUGACCAAACUCACGGCUCCCGGUGGACCCUCAUAGCUUUGGUGAAUAGAGAAUUGGAAAUACUUGCUUUAUAUCAACGGUGUACAUACUUUUUAACCCUUUUACCCUCGCCUUAACGAGCAUACCCUAAAGGCGAAAUAACGGACAGUUGGAAGGUGUGGCCAUGCAUUUUUCAAAAAGUUGCCAGGUCCUACGCCACCAUGAAAACUUCCAAAUUCUUAGUUUUUCUUUGAAGAAAAUCAAAACCCUUCCAUAACUCCAUUUCUAAGGCUAUAAGAAUUCACUUUCAAAAAAGGAAUAAAUAUACUCACCGUACUUCCGGGGGUUAUUUAGAGUCUGCUAACGACGUCCAGUAGAAACGUGAAAAGGGUUUGCUGACUUCCAAACACCUAUUAUAUUUUUCUGUCUAAGCUUCGUGAGGUGCCCUUUGUAAACCAAGCGACAAAGUUGCAAGGGAACCGACUUCGCUUCGCUCAUUUCAUGGUUGUUUCAUGGCGCUGAGUAAUUUACUUUGGCAACCAGCUAAAAACUUUUGUUUUUACGGUUCUCUUCUGCUCACUGAUUAGGAUCACUAGUAUUCACAUUUCGUUAGUGCAUGGAGGUGCUGCUCAUCGGUCUAUCCCUACCGCAGUGCAGAAUACUGGUGUUUUCGGCCUGUCUUGGUGUGCCCGGUCUAAACCUCAUGUGGACGGUUGCCUAACGGCGACCAUCAGCCAGAAAAUGGGAAGCAUUGCCAACGAAACCGAGUUGACCGGACUGGCCAUUUGUGCCUAUUUUUUAUUUAUAAACUAACCAAAUCCAAGAAAGAAACUAGGAAGAUCCGGGCUCAGACGAGGACGUACCAAUGAACCUCAGCCUCUCAUCCCAUUUGCCCUCUAUAACGAAUACCCAUGGUACCACUGAGUCGACCGUCGCCCGUAACUUUAAUUACUUUGCUUCCAGUUGUGAAACAGAUCUUUUGUAUUUAUAAUGACAGUUUUUAGGUCAUGGAAUUGGAGAGCGAACACAAAACAAGGAAAACCUCCCUGCCCCGCUUUUGUACCUGAGCGACUGUUAAUGCAACAAACCGUUUAUCUUGUUGUGUUACUAGUUUUUGAUAUUUCCUGCGCAUCCUUUGUUACUGUUUGUCUUUUGGAAAGACAACCUGCACUUUUCAAUUUCUGUCACAUGAAACCUGUGUUUACGUUUAUCGUUAAAUCACUUUCUCUUCCCGUUCGUGCAAACAGAUUGCCUUUCUCUACGCAUGAAGAUCUCAUAAAACACGGUUUGUACCUUUAACCGCCGUGAGGUCUUAAAACUUGUUCGUAAGCUGCCUACUUGGCAUUGGACACAGGUGGGACACUUAAAACCUGGACGUUUAGUGGUGGCGCUUAAAGACGGAGCCGCGUCUGGCGCCAAGAAACUGACCUUUCAAUCAUUUUUUGUACUGCUUUAUGGAGCAUGUUGUCAUGCUAAGGUGAUAUCGAUAUUUGACUGCCAUUGUGAGGGACCUGUUCUUUUACUGUCGAAAACCGGUUAAUUCUGGACAAGUCCGGAGGUUUCGUCAACGCCCACCUACUUCGUUUUUCGUUCUAACCUCAUUUGGUCUUCUAUGUUGGAGGUGAUAUGGAAAGGAAAAAUCAGGCUGAUUGUUUUUUUCUGUUUAGCGGGCUUCUUCCAAGUGAAGCUGCUGCUGAGGUCAUCAGAAUAGCUACAGGCCUCGAGUCCUACGGAAUUGAACCCUUCAGAGUUCAGGUUCGCUGUUAUCUUGUACUUUGCUACUUUCCCUUAGAAGCCGUUGCACAAUUUUAUGUUUUAGUUGUUGAAAUCAACAGAGCCAUUUUGUUUGCUCCUUGCCUACGCUACCUGUAUAUUCAAACAUCGAAGUCGACUGCAUACGCGGAAGCCAGUUCUGGCGUGCUUGCCUGAAACUGUUCACUCUCGAAAAGCUGCACCCAUAUAACCCCCCUGCCGACGGUUUUUUUGUAUUUUAAAGGAUAGUCGGACUGGGCUUCGAGUAAUGUCCCCUUUUCACUGGUUUAUUUGUAGCAAUAAAACUGUAUUAAAAAAUUCCCCGUGUUCGCCCGUACCAAGCGAUAUUCGGCGACAAAAUAGCCCUACGUGCCCAAACUUAUAGGAUCAAUAUUACACCCUAGGCGUCAGAAUGACGCAUAUCUUUCCAACCAAAUAUAAAAUGCAUCACGUCCAACACCAAAGUUUUGGUAGUCACGAGUUUCGUUUUCCCCGGGUGGCUUCUUCUACGGAUGGGCGUAAGCCAUUUAGUGACCUCAGAGGUAUUACAUCAAAAGAAUACACGGUGCAGCAUUCAUUUUGGUUACCCUUAAGUAAGCGGAAAUGGGUUGGGUUCCUGGACGGCUUUUACCCCAAGAGUAGACGUCUUUCCCCAGCCGAGGGUGGGAUUUACAACCCCACUGACCCUACAUCGCUAGUCUCCCGACUGUUGUCUAAAGGAAAUGCGUAGACAGAGUCUGUACGCCUUAACUAACUGCUCAGCGCUAUGUCACAGUGUCUAAUUUAACGAAUCGUCUGUCUGUAAUAUCAAAAAUAAACUCACACUGUGACUUCAGUUCUCUCUUAAAGCCGAGCGGCCCCUACGACAACUGUUAAGUUCAACUAUGUCAAAUAUAUUAUCUCUCAGAUGAUAAAAACGACAGGAUAAAUCACUGGAAUGGGCCACCAAAACGCGUCCAGGCACCAGAAUCGAUGAAGUUACGGUCGCCGUUAAAUUCGUGUCCCCGAAACCAACCCACCGCAACGUGGUUCAGGUGUAUGAGUUCUUCUUUUUUGGAGAGUGGUGGGGGGAGGGGGUAACGGUUUUCUACGCGCACUGCAUGGGAGUCAGGACGCAUUUCCAUGCCAGUUUUCGCUCACUUAAUUCGUUCUUUUGAGUAGUUCACUGUUUUAGUGGGGAUUCCCAUGUGUCUAGUCUGCUCGUCCAUGCCCAGAAUCUCCCGGUUAACGUCAACGAGAAUGAAAACAGCUGGAAAUUUGGGUAGUUUAACUGAGAAGUAGAAGUAGCUUAACGUCAUGGUGGCUGAAUGAAGAACCUGUCGUUAGGACACAAUCUAACCACUGAGCUGCAGACCCUUGAACCAUUAAGGGCAGGCACACCUCACUAGGAAUCGACAUAAACAUUCUCCGCAUUCGCUUGCAAACAAAAAGAUUGCACACCAUGGUCGCCUGCCCACCAUACUGGGUCGAUUGUACUGGCCAUACUUCAUUCGGGCAAGCCUUGCCUGGAACUGGCAUUGGAGCUAUAAAAAUGUGGUAAUCCCAGUCUUCGGGUUCACGUACGCUCGCGCUCUACGUUUAGUGAACCUGGUGCAUCAAUGGGCUCCAGGCCCCCUUUACCACUUUGUAGCAAGCGAGAGAGCGUGACCCCAAGGCAUGUUUUCACAACGCUACCUUAAAACGUGGCAUUUCCGACUUUUGUGGACAUACAGAACUUGUCUCGGUGAUUGAACAUUUUUGUGGACUAGUCAUGCUGUGUCUUAGGACCUGAAUAAAGGCCUAUCGUGUGUGGCACACAGUUAACGGGCUCCCUUGCUGCGGCAUAUCUAGUCGGCUCGGACUUACCAAGGUUGCAGGGCUGGAAAUGAAGAGGGGAGUGCCGAAGUCUCAGGGCUCACUUUCCGUACUCUCUUGGAUCUGAGAAGUUUAUACACUUUCACCGUGCGCUAUAAGUUGAGAAUCUGUAAGGCUGCUACUUGGCGAGGUAGCAUCGUGCUCUUCUGGACCGAAGGUCGGGUUGCAGUAAAUCUCUUAAAAUUCGACCUAUAUGGUGACUUUCGUCAAAAAGAGACCCCCGUCUGUGAAGCAUGGUACAUUUACGUGCGAUUAUGACCGCGUAUGUGGCAGGCGACUUUGGAUUGGGUCAGCCACCACGCCUGACCUCUCAUUUACGAAAAGAUAGAGCAGUGUAGGUUUUGUGGGAGUCCCCUUUAUUACAAGCUAACUCACACAAAAUCAUCGCUGCAUCCAUAGGUAGCGUUGGUCCUCAUCAGUUAUUAUGGACAAACAAUCGUUCCUUGAGUUGCUAUAGAGUGACCUGACGAAGGAUACUUAGUGAGAGCUCAGUCCAUUGACUUCGCCCUAUUCAUGCGGCCUUAGGAACAUUGAAAAAUUAAACUGUCCAGGCACUGAUGAUCGUUGAGUGAGAUUGAUUCUGAGGGUUCUCAGCACACUCCAAAGGUACGGCAGUUGUCCUAUCUUAUGAAAUGUCAACUGAGAUUCUAAAAUACACAUUCUAUCAGAAAUGAUUACUUAAGUGGGAUGGUAGUAUUGAUCAUAGUGGGACGUUGUGCCACAAUAUUUUAGUUAAGUCAAGAUAUGUGCUCUUGAAUGGUAUUGUUUCUGGCCGCCUACAAAAGAUCAAACCUGUUAAAAAAUUAUUACUCAAGUAGUACAGACAAUUUCCAUUGGUUUUUAUGCCCUUAUUAUUUGAACUCUGAUUUAUAGCAAACGAAAUCAAUAGUAAUCUUUCUUAUACCCAUUUAACAGCAAUUGCGUCUUUUUCCAAAGUCUGUACUUGUGAAGCGUGUACCCCUCGACCUUGGAAGACCUAUUUUCAAUUUCUUAGUGACUUUGAGCCUAAUCCGCGGGUGUACUUGCACCACGGGUUUAAAAAGUACAUGCCGUAUACUUCUAGCGUGAGUAAAAUCAUAUAUUUGUCUAUGCUCUUUAGGAGAUGUCAUAUAGAGCCCGCGAAAGUUUGCUAUGAAUGUAGACCAUGUUGUAUACUUCAUAAACACCAUUAUUAAAGGGACAGGCACAAUGCUGCAUUGUUGUACAUUUGACGGUUCUGAAAAAUGCCGCAAUUACAAAUAUGAUUAUACCGAAGGAUGUCAUUCCUUCAUGUGUGAAAUUGGAAGAAGACGUAACCUACUAAAAAGUGAGUAUAAGAAAGAAUAUUUUUGCGCGUAGUCUAUUGUUCGCCGUUUUAUCUCAACCCUUGGAUAUAUGACCCUCCUUGCAGCCCUUUCUCAAAGUGUCCCCGAAAGAGUCAGGCCAGUAUGCGAGAUCGAUGUACUUUUGCUCUUCCGGGAGUAUACUUAGUCCUCUUCUAUUUACACGGUUACACAACUUAUCUGAUUUUCUCUCAUAGGCUAAACACCAAAAGUCCCGCCCGGUACACAUUGGCCUUACGCACGAUGGAAUUGCCGAAUUUUCAGGAUCAAAGCGAACCCAUAUGUACAAGUGGUGCGUUUUGAACCUUCAUUGUUGAGUGUAUCCUAUGACCGGUGUUGUUAAUUCAUCCCUUACAGCGUCAAAUAAUUACGCCCGGUUCAUUGAAAACCACUCACUAUCCUACUUCUCCUUUGCCAGAGAUGGCCUCGAUUUAGGGAGGUAUUUUAAUCUGUUAUCUGCCCCGGUGGGGUGUGUGCGCAUGUUGUUACUCAUAAAGUCUAUGGACAUUGCAGCUUUUCCACGCGAUCCCCCGGGUCUUCCUUCUCUAGGGAAAGUUCCUCUAGUUCCGGUACGCGCUUAUAAAUCCCGGACGUAUUCCAGGGUCUCGGACUAUUAGGUUUUUCUGUAUGUUUAGGUAACAGAAGGACUCAGUAUCAUGUUACGGCCUGCUUGAAAACCUAAGUUGAAGUGGCCACCACCUCUAAGUAAUUUCCGACCAAAGUCUGCUAUACUUCCUCUCGAUCCAAACGUCAUGUGCAAGCGAACCUUGAACAUGACUUGCUUUUUCAUGCUUAUUAGUAGUUCUGCAGUUCUGAUGUAAGAUCAUGCUACAAGUAAAUCUCUUCGACUUCAGAUGGAGUUGAUAAAUUGCACUCCACCGUUCACCAUCUGGAAGACGGUUAAUUUAAAUGGUUUUCCAAGACGACAUACAUAGGCCUUGAUAGGGCACUCUUCAGCGCCAUUCCGUUAAGUUCGUACCAGCAUUUUGGGACCCGAGUCCUGAGGUUUUCCGAGAUUUAGAGCAUUGUCCUCUUAGCUACCCGCGUGCAAACAGAAUAUCCUGCAGAAUCUCGUUUCUACGGCCUUUGACGUCUAAGAAAUGGCUUGUUAAAUUGAUGCUCAGGUUCUAAAAAAACGUAUACACUUUCGUUUUAACAGGAAUAGUUGGUAAAAUAUGUACUUACGAAACCUGAUUUCUGCAGUGUCUUCCUGUCUAAGCUUUACAUCGGCGAUGUGAAAAUCCCCAAUGCUUUAGAAGUUUCUCCUGUCGUCUUUGUCUACUUCAUGAGGUUUAAUUAUCGUUUUGGGCUUAUUCAAGCUGAUUUUUGCUUUGGUCUUCUUCACUCCCUUCUUAUUCUUCUUCUUCAUCAUCAUUAUUUUGCUUCUUUCCUUCCCUGUUCCCUUUCUUUCCGCUUAGUGCUUGGAUAGUGCGCUUACGUGAGCAUAGCAACGCUCAGGUGCGGUUUUACGGUAUUUGCGUCAGCUGGCCUGGCCAGAAACAUCCAGGCAACCUACUGUGCCUGACUGCCCCUAGGCAAACCCGUUUCCACAUUUAAUUAUGCACGUGCUUUUAUGAAAAGUUCUUCCUUUUUCCUGAAAAAUUAAAGCUUUUCGACCUUUUCAAUGAUAGAACAUAUGGACUUUUAGCUUGACGUUUCAGAAGGCCUCUACGGCCCCGAGAAUUCCUGGGAUGAGCCUUUUAAGACAGGUCACUUCGAAAUAUAUUUCUGCCAUAGGACGUGCAGCACACACCUGUCUCUGAGAACACUUCCCUAUGAGCUCUCAAAGUCAACUGUAUCCAACGUCCUCGUAGUCGAGCGCAUCUCAAGCUCCCCCUUUUGGUUAGGUGGAUGUUUAGUGCAACAGUGACGGCUUUCCGGAAGUUUUAGAACAUCAGGUGGAGGGCGUUUACAUCGUUGUUCACAGUUGCAAUAAAAAAAUUGCAUGUAGCAUAAACCCCAUGUUGCAACAAAAUAGCUAUGUGUAGAAUCACUGAUUUUUGUGAAAAUACCCAUUCAAUUUGCUCGGACCUCUUAAUAUCUUCUAGUCCGUGAAUUUAGGUGUGUAAUUUUCGGUGGAUUCAGUUUUAUUUACGAUGAAUAACUCACUUGUACUUGUACUUGUCUGCUAACUUUUGUCCUUACGACCGAGAGAAUUCCACACUAUGAUAGACCAACCCCCCUUAAUUCAUUUUAGUCUGUCAAAUGCGUAAUUAUCAGGGGAGUGUUAAGAUCCUCUUAUACCAGUUAUUUGCUGCUUGGAAUACUUAGGCCGGAGUUUGUUAAUCUUUUGCAAAGUAUUUAUGCAAAAGUGCUUUGGCCGCGACCGCGAAGAUGCACGCAGGAGGGGUUAUUAACGCCCUUUUCGCCGUAACUUACCAGCAGUCAGUGCUGACCUCAAGUUAGGUUGUCUUGGGAGGGCAGCGUGCAGUAACCGGAUCUUCAUUCUCCCUCUUAAAAUGACUUAUUUCAGUAAAUGACGCUUUUUAAUCUAGUGCUACAUAUCUGAAGCUCCUAUUAAACGCCGCGGCUAGGAAGGGGAAGGAAACUACAUUACGGUAAGCAUAUGAAAAUUAUCGCCAGUUCGUCAGGAGCACCAGGGGAGAGUUGUGAUUCACCUUCCUACCAACAGAUAAGUGCUUCAGAGCUCCAUUUUCAAGAUUCUGUGUUUGUGUUGGUGUACUGAGCUACCAUGUUUUGCUCUCCAAAGUUACAAAAUAUACUGUAUGAAGGUAUACCUAAUAGUGUGAACCUGGAUCUUCCUUUUUGCACAAAGUUCUCCUUACGAACGCACAACUGCAAACAUCUCGGUUCAGGUUUAUUGGGUCCAACCAAUAACGGAAACCCGCAAACCAGAUGUUUUGAAUUAAGCACCAAUCCAAAUAUGUGCCCCGUUGUCAUUUUCCACUUUACGUGCGUCUUCAUUUAGCCGGAAGCCCGAUAUGUAGAGCCAUCAUCCCAACCCACCCUCCAAGGUCACUAGCCAUUGACAGCUGAAAAUAUGCUGAUCUUCGAAUAAGUUUGAUAAACGCAACAAACUCUCAACUGCAUAGCUCACGGGUGGGAGUUCAGCAACAGUUUACCGCGGGAACAAGGCAUCCGUGUGAAAACCAGCGGGUGAAAUCAGCUGAAAUUCCCCCUCCUCCUCGUUCUCCUCGUUUUCUUCUUUUUCCCCUUCUUCUUCUUCUUCUUCUUCUUCUUCGUGCCAUAUUUUUGGGAUAAAUUCGCUGGACGUUGCACGUUUUAAAAUGAUAACGAAAGCUAUUGGGUUUGAAUAAACCUUUAGAAGGUUUUCCCUGGACGGUUUAUUUUGUUUGGUGUGCGUAUUGUGCUCUUAUUAUAUAGACCCCACUUUUAUUGUCCACGAUGAACGGAACUUACACAACCGCUGAAACAGCCAGGACAGGAUAAAAACGGAUGUUAAGGGCAACGUUUAUACAUCACACGUUGCAGUCUUAAGGUUUAUCUGAAAGGAAAUCGAUCGAAUAGUGAAUCUUUUUGCUUCUUAGUCGAAGUUACGUAAACCAACGCUGGGCAAAUUCCACAAAUAUUAAUAGAGAUGUGAUUUACCAUUUUUUCAUGAAUUGCACACCUCGUAAAAGCUAAAUCAACUAUGUUCUACGCUUCCAGAGACCAAAACUCAAGAGUGCGUAUUGGCUAUCUGUCAGUUUACUGAUCUCUCCUGAGUUUAUUGUUGGAGUUAUGCCCAUCGGCUUUUGGUUUGGUGGUUUUAGGCCCCGUUUUUCAUUUCACACUUCAGCCGGAGUUAAGGAUGGAUCCAGUGCUAACCCGAAACUCUAUUCGCAGUCAUUUUGUUGUUCAUUGCCUACCAAACUCUCUUUACUUACCUCUCCGAAACAAUGGCCAUACCACCAUUAUAGAAACUUAAAUACGUCUAACGGAUGAUCGCUUCCGACGGUACAAUAAGCAGCCUCUUAGACGCGUUUCCCCCUGCUUAGAAUUUUGAUAUUUCUCCUCCCUUGACCCGCCUGACGCCGAUUGGACAUUUCGGACUCAGGUGGCUUAACAGUUCUGUUUGUCUAAUUGUCCAAGGACAGCCCGUCAGUUAAGAGAGCAUGUCUCGUGAGCUUCUACCUCGCACGGGCCGCCGAGUGCCUGCACAAAGCACUGAUGUGCGGACAGGCACGCAUGUGUGUGUGUGUGUGUGCGUGCUUGCAUUCCAGUCCUGUCAGCAGGUGUCCGUCCAAUAGCCAGGUUGUCGACGUCGCUCAAGUGAACUACCGCACUUUCUCUACGUGGAUCGAUAGGGGAAAAGUGGCUUUUCACUACAAAACGCAUGCAUUUGACCAGUUUUCAUUUCUCCGCUUAACAAUAGCGCUGACUUAGUGUACCGAAAUGGAGACGGACAACAGCACACAUGUGGCAGUAAUGAAGAUGGAAGUGGGGUUAAGUUUGGGGCAUAAGCGACACGAUUAUUUGAGUUCGAUUAAAAAUAAUUCCUGGGUCUACCUUUUAGCCGUCCGAGCGUUGUUGGCGGAACCAAAAAAAUCGAUUAUCAGUGGAACCGAUGAUUCACUCAGUUUUGUAAAGGUUGUGAAUCCUGUUUAACCUUGAGGCACAUGACGCAUCUGGUUUCGCAUAAUGAGACUUGUGGUUUUGUUAUCGGUGUAGCACAGAGAGGCUCCGUUGUGGACGUAACUCAGACACUAAUACUAAUAAUAAUAAUAAUCAGAUUUUAGGAUGCCCGAGGGCAGAUGGUCCCAGUCGCGGGGUGGAGGUCAGAAGUCUGCAGAAAACUUUCGGGCGGUUUCUGCUCUAGCUAAAACCCUACACAACGCAUCUUUCUGAAUAAUGAAACGCAAAUGACGCCGAAAAGUACCCCUGGAGCAUUUACUUCGAUAGAUGCCCAAUAUGUUAUCAUAGUCGUGAAGAAGGGGGCACGGUCGCUGGGACAAGAGCUUUAUUCGCCUGACGUUUCGGAUAUCUGCUCGAACUCAUCACCAGAGAAAAUAGCAUAUACGGGUGGUUCAUGCACGAGGGGUUGCAGUAUUUAUAGGAUGCAGUCACUAUGCUACCACAUACCUAUGGAUAUUCACUGGAGGUUUUUUACCAAUGGGAUAUUUCAAGAGAGUGAGAGUCAAGUCCUGAAGUGUGACAGUGGAGAAUCUUGCUUGUGUCGUAUGCUUGUUACAAUGUGUAGGGAAUGGUUGUGUUUUGGAGGAGGGGAAGGGAGGAUGAGCGACCAUUUUCAGCCCUGUCGUGCAGAACCAGACCUGCGUAAAUGAACAAGUUGCGCAGAAGAAAGGCACGUGACCUAGCGAGAAAAGUAUGCACCAUCCCACUGGUUGAAAAGUAAACUAGAUAAGCACUGUGCAAGAAGAUGCCUCAAGGAGGGAGGUGCAUACGAUUGUUCCCUACCUAUAUUUUCUAGUUUCUCAGACUCGCAACUGUGCCGACUAAUCACAAUCGUCAUAUUGCUAUGCUGAGCUUACUUCCGAGCAUUGUGGUUUGACCCUUCUCAAUUUAACGAUAAAUCAUUUUUUAAUUUGAAUUUUGUAUGCACCUGUCUGCUAGGCUUUCUGCCGUUCUCGUUUUUUUGUGUGUUUCGAGAAGUUUAUUUAUAACGCCCGUCUUUCUCACGAGGCUAUUUCUUAUCUGUGCAUAGGAAUACAAUAGAACAAAUCUUAUACAAUGGACGCCACUUUAUAAUCAUACACAGCAAGCCGGUAAGUCCACUCAUCCGUCUGAAGCUGUCAAUAUUUCUUUACCUCGUCGAACACCGCAAUAUGGACGCACCCCCUCCCCCCUCCAUACUACAGGUACCCUCGGCGAAUCGGUGAUAAAUGCUAAAAAUUAUACUGAGAGGCCUUCCUUUUUUGGAUUUGCCUCUAGGUUUUUCAGGUUUUCUUUAUGCCCCCUGGUAGCGUCCGUUUUCCAUGUACUCAUAAUUCUGUCGUAACAUUGUUACACAACCCGCGCACGACCUUUUGGCUCCAGCAACUAUAUACCUGUCUCCGUUUCUUUGCCCGAUGAUAAUUGCGCACUGUUGAAGCGAUGUUGCCGCCGACUAUUCACUGCUGAGGGCUCGAAGUCGAGGCACAUUCAGAAGGCAAAUGACAAUCGAUAUUUGUUUUUAGUAAAUGCGACACGUAUGCAUGGACGACAGCAACAUUAAAACAGAUACUGCGAGGCCUAUGAUUUGAUUGUAGAUCACAUUACUACCCAUUGUUGUGACGAAUUGUGGUUAAGUACAGUAGUGACGAUAGGACAUGGAAAAAGGCUCCCCCUGCCGUAACGCAUUUGGUCUUGUUGCUUUUUAAUUUCCUGAGAAAUUAACUGCGAACUUGGAGUUUUGGUCUUAUUCUUAGUUCCAGGGAGAUUAGGAUAGGGUUAAGGCUAAGGUCUAAGUUAGAAUUAAGCUAUGUGUUAAAGGUAGUGUUAGGAUUAGGAUACCGGAAUAGGUAUCCUUCUUGGAAUUUAACGAAGACCACCGACAUUGCAGGAGGUUCCUAUUCCUGCGUUUCAUCGCAAUGACCAUAUCCGGAUAGGUACAACAGUCUUCAGAAGCAACAAUUCUUCCGCACCCUUACAUAGACGCCUUCCGGAUAGAAGUUCCAUGUGGCAGAAGUCGCAUCAUUCCGAACUAUGCGAAUAGAUGCCCACUUCCACAACUGACCUUUCGUCAUUAGAUGAUGAGAGGGCGUAUACUAGCUGAUCUGUUGAGGUUUCUUCUGACUUUGUGCAACUACGCCGCUGAUGUUCAUAACCAUGGCGGCCAUCAACUGCUCCACCUCUAUCCACUAGCUCUGUCGACAUGGUUCAACCAGGCCUGUUGUAUAAUAUUUUUCUUUUUCUGAAGGUAUGGUCGUUUGUUAUUAUGGAAAAAAUUUGCUAGUGGAGAGAGUUCUUUCUGUCACCUGAAACGAGCGCUUUUUAGUCUGUAAUAGGCUUGAUUCAUAUGAUGUGUGUUAUGUUUAGAAUCCUCUAACUUAGCUUGCCUUCCUGUUUUUAAAAAAUCACGAUUUAUAGCUUAAAAAUAAAACGCAGUGGUUGCCAUUUCAACGGUAGUUUGUUUAUCCUUGUAUUCGUUUUCUUGCUCUCCUAAACUGAGCGUUGUCAAGACUCUUUUUGGACAAACACCUAAUUAUUGCGAUCAGAAAUUGAAUAUCACUGAUGAAGAUCUCGAUAUGAAAUUCCACGUCUUUCCGCACUUGUAAGCUCCAUUCCAGAUAGGGACAAGUUUAUGUGCCCUUUGAGUCAGAACAUAUCGAUUUCUGAAGGCACGCAUACCGGCACUAACGUUUGCAAACUAACGAUCAAGUAACCGUGCGUAUUUUCCACGCCUGCAGUUAUGGUUAUUUUUAUUUUACGCCUGCAGCGCUCUCUGGUCGUUCAUUAAAAUUGCAACAUUUUGUGAAUUUCGCUUUAAUUGUAUUCGUUGGCACACAAGCAGUUCCAUCAAUUUUGUUUCCUAGAUAAUACGUACUUAAAUUUCCGAAAGCUUCCAAUAUCAGAAUUUUUACGCUAGUACCCUGUGGAAACUGUUCUGCCUUUACUUUAAUCAAUUUUCAGGACACUGCUUUGUGGUCAGUGCCUUAUGAACUUUUCUUCUAAGCGAUUUGUACGAUUCAUGACACAGUUUGAAAUGGACGGCCUUAUUCGUACACUUUUUCUUAGACAGGGGAUUGUUUUUCAAAAGUAACCGGUCUGAGAUAUGCCAUACUUAUUUCGAUCUAGCGACCACCGUAAUGUGCGCUUUGGAGUAUGCCGUUUCUAGUAGUUCUCACCAGGCCAUUAGGUUUGAUUGGGACUGCCUCCGUACAAAUGCAUUUGGAACCCGACACGUGUGAUUGGAGGCGAAAGAUGAAGCCCAUCCAUCUGGACGAGCCAACGUUUCAGUCAAGUAGUGACCUACGUUAUCGUCUUAGGCAGAAUUGCACCUCCAGCUUACAUAAACAUGUUAACGAUCAGCUGUCAACGCCGUUCGUUUUAUCAUAUGUCAGGUAUGCGCAAGUCGACACUUCAAGUGGACAAGCACUAGCAGCGGUAACGUUCUCCGAAUUAUUACUGACUAUAAUCCAAAGCGUACUCUACUGUACUGAGGUCAGGAAUCCCAGCUAGCCAUAGGAGGCGUGCGAUAUUGAAAUUCUAAACUGUGCCCAUUAAUGGUGGGAUACAUUAUCAUUCUGAAAAAUAAGUUUUUGCUGUCUUGCCAAUAUUUGGGGUCGAUGCCAUCGCAGUACCUACGCACAACGCAAACCACUAACGUUCUCGUCGAGGAAAACUAUGCUGCUCUUUCCGGAGAUGCAGUCAGCCAGAAAAAAUAUCACCAUUCACUUCAUCACUGAAUCCUUAGUCAUUCGACCUCCAUGUCUGGACCUGUCGUCAAGUCUUUUCAGUCAAAAUCGUGACUCCUAGGUUCAACUCAUCUUGCUCCAUCUAGGGGAACGAUACACACCGUCGCAUAGCCUAAACCAGGCGGAGUUAUUAUGUCUUCAUCCAACCAUCGUACUCUAAACCUUACCUGUUUGAGACCCUUUUCACGGUACGGGUGAAUGUCUAUAAUUGGUGCACAUGAUGCGAACCGAUCACCAUGCACGCACUGAAUGAUCUCCUGUAAUCUAGCACUGUUGUUAUCGUUAGACGACCGCUGCCCAAAAUUCGUUUAUAAUUACCCAUUAUAUCGUCCUGGUCGCCGUAUAACUGCGACCUUGACUUCCUCAAAGUUCUGACUAUUCGGUGUUUUGAUUGAUUGGUUUCCCACAAUUCAAUCAUCUUCUCUGCCGGGUAACAUGAUGACUUCUGAAGAGAAGUUGUGUCGUAGGGGGAAAAACUUUGACCCCUUACCAUGAACAGGCACUCCAACAGGCUCAUCCAGUCGUUGUGAGCGCAGCCAAUGAGAAUCACAAGUGUAGUCGUGGCGUAUAUUCGGAUGAUCUAGGAAAACAACUGCUGGUUCACUUGUUGGCCCACCUUGUGGUUGUCCAGCCAGAAUUCGGCCUGCACAACGGAACCUCCUUUCGGUGUCCAUUUACCAUUUCUGUUGCGUCUUUUUCUUAUUUAUCCUUCCCACUCUUUUUACUUGUACUUAUGAUUCGCUCUUUCAUCACCAUUCCCUUUAGGCCCAAAAAGGUCAGAAGGUACGUCUUUUUCCCAUUUUAAGAGAUACUUAUCUAUAAUAUAAUUAGCUAUAAGUUGUUGAACUACGUCACUCGUCGACAUAAAUGUUGCCUCGUUCCGGAAAUAACAGUGUCUGCACCGAAAACUACCCCCGUAUUACUGUAUAUCCGAUUACAGGCAGCUGAGCUUAUUCUUAUAACUAGUCCCUUCCCCUUCCUACAGACCUUGCAUGACGAAAACAGAAUUCAUCGGGUGUGUGACAAAGUUGUUUGAGAAUGUUGAAGGCGGUUUUUAAAUGGUGAUUCUGUUAAUUGUGCGCGUUUCCCAUACAAGACAUUCUCAAAACAACAGCUGCAUGAGUUGAAUCUGUCUUACCUAACUUUUUGAGUUGGAAAAGUUUUCAACUGAUUGACAGGAAACGUCAUGACCUCUUAAGGGUGACUUACCCUUCUUAAGCACACACGCUUAAAAUGCUUGUCUUUCUUUGUGUGUUUUGGAAAAAAUUUUGGUCUUUAGGCAGGUUCACAUGUCAUACAUUAUUCCUCCUGGAAGGGUGCCGCGGAAAUUGAACGUGUAUUAUUCCACCCGAAUAGUAAAGUGUUGCAGUUCGAUCGUUCUUUUCAUAUUCGCUUCCUGCGGUAGUCAAUGAGUGAUCUUUCUUAUUACAAUAUCUAGCCUGGACGUUUGACAACUGACUACAGAUGCGAGUCCAAAGCAAUAGCAUCAUCUCUCUGGGCUUGGGCUCUUGAACGGAGGAUGUUCUUCACGUGAGUAACUGGUGUUGUUUCUGUUUCCCUUGGAACUGGGGUUUUGAAAUUUAUUGAGCACGUGAUGUCCAUCCCUCUAGAUCCUGGGAAGAGAUUUCCCUUUGCCUGAGUGCCUAAGAUGCGCGUAUGUAGUUAGAAUUAUUACUGACAAAGACAUAGAGCUCGGAAAUGGAUAUUAACAGCCCGUGGCAACGAUCGGGAGGGGACACCCAAAAAUACUGCCGGCCAAAGCAACGAUCUUAUCGCAACUGUCCUAAGCUAUGCAGCCAUUGACUGCGCCGCACACUGGCGACUGCGGUAGCUCUUGACCUCUGGAAGCAAUGGUAAAAAUUGAUAAUCCAAGUGCUCGGUCAACGGCGAUCGUAUUGCAAUUGUCCGUAGGUAAGCUACUAUAGAAUAAUCCGCACAGGGACUACUGCGGUCGCUUGUCAGCAGUGGAAGCUUAUAUUAAGGUUGUUUGACGUAGGGUGGGUCUACGGCGAUCAUUUCUCAACUUUCUUAAGGUAUACAAGGGUAGAUUUAGCCGCAAACCCACUACUGUUGUCACUCUUCAGCCGUCUAAACCUAGGUCAGGGUUGAUUAACCAUGGCUCGGUCUUCAGCGGUCGCAUUUCAACUGUUGGAGACUAUGGUAAUCUAAGUGAGGCAACAUGUGCGCUGCAGAUCAGAUAAAAUUGAGGUCGGAUGAAACAACAAAUAUGUAGAGCCAUAACCUACUCAAAUAGGUAUAGCAGGUAUUACUUCUAGGCAACGGAUAUUUGGGUGCCCUUUCCCGAUUGUUACCCGGCCCGUUUGUCGUCAUCUGAACAACUCCCAAGCCCGGUCCACUGUAGCGGUCAAACCAAGGACUGAAUUCGUCCACGCUACCAUGUGUAACAUUCAGUCGCACGUAAACGACGUUCAAUGAGCUGUUGCUACUACGGUACAUAAUACAGGCUCUCAAUUCUACCCAGGUAUUCAAGUCUAGAGUUGUCGAGGACAUGACGACAGCAGCCAACGGUAAACAGUCCAUAAACAUUACUGACAAAGGCAUGGAAGACUAGAAUGGCGAUCGUCUGCAAGACCGGAAUUCAAGGAGAAUUGGCGGGGGGCCUCAUAGUCAGUUCUACAAUCAGGUCGGCUCCCCCGCCAUCAUUCCCACCUGAGGGGUAUUUAUGUUUAUGAGGGUGAAAGGCAAACUGGCGGAGGAUACCUUUUGACUUGAAAAGUCCAGCGCGUGCUGAAGAGUGGCAAUCACUCUGAAAGAUCUAAUUGCGCCCGGUUUCUCGGCAAGCGCUCCCACCUCUCUUUCAUCUGAAUUGGAUUUUCUAGCUCAGAAGUCAUCUAAAAGCACUCCUUUGGUCCCCAAAGGACACAUUGGUCUGAGUCUGAUAAUUUUGCGCGAGUGGAGGAGUCGACAAAUGAUUUAAGGUUGUGGAAGAACGAUUCUGAGGAAUAGACGCUCGUAACCAAUUUCAAAUGUAUGUAUACACGUGCUUUGGUUUUAGCCUGAUCUUGAAUUCUCGUUUCUUUUGUUCAUCAAGCACAAUCGUUCUACGAGCAGAAUAAAAUACUUCUGAUUGCCUACUAAUGUCGGAUGUCGUCUUAUGAGGUUAAAAGUUAGCGGUAUUUUGAGGAAACUGUUCGACAAAAAUAUGUUUUCCUAAACUAUCACCAGGUCUACGCACUUAUAUAAUAAUAGUGUGCCUUUCGGGAAUUACAAAACGGAUGUAAUUAGUUCCCUGAAAAUUUUAACGCAGGAGGGCAGGGAGUUACCUAACAGGUCUGACGACCAAUUUAGGGCAGUUAUGCCGCGCUUACUUGCCCCAGAACCUGUGAUUAAUUAGUUUUAAACCUAAAACAACUGCUGGAUCAGCAAGAAAUUCCUCUAAGCCCACGCAGGCACAGGAUUGCAUAGCCUGGCCGCCGUCGUCUCCGCUGAGGUUAGUAAUCGUUGCGGUAAAGAAUUUUGGUAAUUCGGCGGCAGUCCGUUGACUGCUUGAAUGGUAUCAUUGGCGUCUAUUCAAUAACCGUUCUCUAUCCGGCCACCGAGAUGGCCUCAAUCGGUACCUUAGUCAGUGAAAACUCGCUUGGGUAUGCCUUUUAAGGAGCUAACGCAAGAUUCAGCUACUUCAGCUCAUCAGACGCAGGCCUGCCAGAAUCAGCACCGGGGGACCUUAGACACCUUAUUGCUAAACUUAGCAAGCAAUCUUAGCAGUACUAACUGUUAUAUUCAUGCAAAUAUGUUCGAAUAUACUUCUCUGUGAUCAAGGAACUCGGCACUUAGUUUUCCUGCCAGUUGAGGGGAUGUGGAUUUUCAAACUCCUGAAGUGAACGAAAUCGCCUCUAAAUCAAAAUUUCUAUUCGAAUGCCUACUGCAUCGGCAACCUCCGCUCAAUAAGAGAAAAGCUGCUUUACUUGAAAUCUUCACUUGACUUCACAUAGGUCGAUGUCGACUUCAGUCGGCCUCCAUACCCACUGUCAUGUUUCCAGUGGCAUCGACAAACAAAAUAACUUUUAGAAGCUGAGGUCUCAUUAAAAGGGUCACUGCAAAACAUCUUUAAACAUUCGGUCGGAGCUUAAUAGCCGGUCGAAUCUCUUUUGACAAUCAGGAACUGGUACGUAUAAAUAAGUGUUCCAUUUCUAAUCUGGAUGGAUCCAACCGCGGUUCGUAGGUAUAUGGUGAGUACAUUGGGACUCUGUUCGUCUUCUUCGAUCGAUUGUCUCUGGCUCAAGUUCGGGGCUCUGCCACCAUGUUUUUUGGAGAUGGUCAGCGGGACCAAGCCAAACAUUCCUUAUUGGGACAUCCCUGUGAGAUGGCCCGUUAAGACCGUGUGGAUGUCGCAGGAAACUUCUGAAAUGACUGCAUUCUUUGUGGUCUCGACAGCUCUGGUUUUAUUCAAGCUAACAACCUUAAACUAGGAAUUAUUUAUUCUUUUCUAGACUCGAAAAUUCGGCCGUUGCUCGACCAAUCAAAUCGAAAUAUGGAUUUUUCUCUCGGAGGCAUACGUUCAACUUUUCGUACGUCCUUAGAUUUCGUUGUCCAAAUCCAUGAAUCUGGUCACUUGAUCCAUUAUACUGAAUUCUGCAUGACAUUUUCUCACUUUCUUGCAUUGUAUUCAAGGAGUUUUACAAUUAGGAUGUUAGUUUUCGCUACCCCGAAGUUAUUUAGGGAAAAAUGUUUACUAUUGAUUCCCUCCCAGGAAAGCUCGGACGUGACUUUGUCCUUAAGAGCUCUUACUUCUGCGGGUUGGCCUCAGAAGAUCACUUUUACUAAAUUCUGCGUUUGUUGUUUGUUAUUUUAAGAAUAAUCUUAGUUGCCAUCAUUAGAUACUAUUAGAUUCCACAUAGUGCACGCGUUUAGCAUCCUUCGACUGCAACGAGCCGUCUUCGUGCAUCUAACAGCACACCAGUGCCAAUUGCGGAUUGGCCAUUUCAGACUAUGUUCUAUCCACACCCUUUGCUCGGUCAUCUGAGUGCCUCUGCUGAGAUUUUGCGAAGGAAUGUGAGCGGCUGACGGACACCCAUUACGACUGAUUCAACAGUCGUCAGACGGCUGCAUUUCUUUUAGCUUUCUUUCCGAGUGGUCCUUGCUUCGGCCCGCAAUUUCUGCUACCCUGUUGUUGGACUCGCGGUCAGCAUGGAUAGGAUAAGUUGCCACUUGCUGCUUCAGUUCAAUAUUUAUGUCGCCAUUCUAUGUUCGGGCGUAUGUGCCUGUGAUUGGCGACCGAUUUUUCCAAAUCAAUUGCAUCCUUCACAAUUUAAUUAUUACAAGUAAGGGAGGAAUUAACUAUCCUCUUUGCGGAUGGAGUCCUUUUUUGAGCAUCAGCUGACUGUGAGCUGUUCAGUCGCGUUUGCGGACCACUCUCCGAUUGGCAACCACCGACUUCUGUCGCUGUACCACCAGCUUUGCAGGUUCAAUCGAUUUCCGAAUGCUGCAGUCCUGGUUGACAAAAUACAUUAAAGCAUAUUGAUAUAGGUCAUUUGCAUUGCUGAAGAGCUUCAUAGGCGUCACUUUCGGUUCAUUCGGUGCACAGUAUCCGUCCGUCCUACCACCGUGACGUGCCGGGAGUCGUGUGAUCGAUUGACCUGACAAUCAACCAUGGCCUUGAGCACCAGCUUCUGAACAGGCAAACCCUUCGUCUAAAGUCAGGCGGGGUGGCCGCCCAGAUGAAGGGCUAGUGGAGUAGCGCUACUAUGCCACAUAUCGUCAAAAGCCGUGAAAGUAGUCGGGCAAUCGAUGAGGCCGUGUGCUGUUUAUUGUUGUUAAUAAAGGAUUCCGGCGCGAAUUGGGAAAACCAGACAACUACAAUGGAUUUCCUGGCGACCUAAAUACUAUUAGUAAUAGUUGCUACAUAUUUUUAUCAAUAUCUCAACCAGUUAAUAUAUUGUUUGUAAAACAUACAUUCCUAUUCACUUUUAUUGUCGUAGCUGAUCAAAAUUUAAUUUCGUCCUCCAACUUCGUCCGUUUUUCAACACCAGCGUAUGUGCUGCAUCCAAAGGAAUGUUGGAAAUCUUUAUGAACAGAAAAUUCAGCCCGUUAUCUUCCGUCAGUAGAAUUGGCCUUUCCUGGAUUACAGCUUUCUAGUAAACAAAAUAUGCUGGCCAGCUUUAAUAUAGAUGCUCUUCAGAAACCAGAAUGAGUUGGAUCUUUCGGAGAAGUUUCCUGCGCGCUCACUAAUUCUACAAUUCGCAUCAUUCAUACGCAAGCAUAUUUUUAAAGCAGGGUAUCGGUCACUUGGGCUUGUAAUGAAUACCUUCGGCAUUCUACUACCUACACACAAUUUUAAUGAAGUCUUGGCUGCUAAAUAGUUCCUUAACUAACUUCUGCCUGAACUGAUCGGCCCGACGCCGUGUGUGGUCUGCUUUUUCGGUAAGACGAAGGGAUAGUUGAAUAUUUUAAAAAUAAUGUCAGAUUAGAGUCACAACUAUUAGGAACAAUCAGAAGUAUUUUGGUAGCUUACUUAAAACUCGGCCAUCUGUGAUUUUAAGUCUGAAAAUAAGCGAAAAUUAGCGAAUGAGAACUAUGUAGACCAACCAGCACAUUUUUAACAUUUAUCGUGAAAAAGGAUUGCGCUUUUCAGUCAGCUGUUUUGGCUGUCGGAACCACAGUGUCUGGAAAAAGGAGACUUCCUCUGACGUCUGACUGCGCCAGAAUUUUUCUUGUUAAAUAUAGAAGAUCAUAUGGAUGUUUUGUUACGCCGGUCAUAUAGACUGUGCUUCGGCAAUACUUCAAGAAAUUUUACCAACAAACACAAGGCAGGCUCGAAUAGCCAGUUUUGACUUCGUCAACUAGCAAUGCCUCAGUCCCAAGCCAGGAAGAUCCGACUCUCUGAGAUGAAUUUUGUGAACUUUAAGUAUCUAUGAAACGGUUCUAUAAUUGAGCCAUGGAAUAGUGGUCUCUUUUACUGUGCAGAGAGUCUUCGGAGUCUCAUGAGGUUUGUGUUCCCUGGCCUUUUCUCCUAUCAGGACGGAGUUGGGAGGUUUCCUCUUUUCCCGAGUUCAUUUCCUGUUUGGGCUUUUAAGAUAACUUUAACACUUCCUAUUCUGUAGAAGAACCAGCGGAAUUUUGAGGCUGACUCUCAAACUGCUCUAUUUGCAGAAAUUGCCUUGUAUUCAUGGGGCUGUGCAUAAUACAACAAAUAUGCACUAAACAUAAAUUUAAAGAACCGUUAAAAUCACUGCAUAACUUACCGAAUGCAUGAAAUCAAUUACUUAGCCAGAGGUCCCAGAAGCAAGACGCAUCCCAGCAUCGAUAUUUUUGUGAGAACAACUGGGUAUACCAAUCUGAACUGCGUAAAAUUCAAAGCAAGCCUAAACUGACAGACGCAUAGAUUAUAAACGCUGUGGAUCACUGAUGCCAGGCUCCCACUUUGGUUCCAACUGUGUCAGAAAAGGAAGUGGGCGAAGGGCAAGGCAUGACUUUCUGUUUUUUGUUUAAGCUUAGAAGAUAUCUAAAAGCAAAUUUUCUAGUUCAGCUGGAAUUCCAGAAAGUCAAGCCGCCUGUCUGGAGUUUAUAAAGCACGCACACAGAAGAGUGCAAUUCGUAGGUGGGAUUCAAUCUUAACAGCCAUUUGAACUGGAAUUCGGCGGAACAUUUUUUGCAGCAGGCUUAAAAGCCCGUGCAGUUGUUCCUGCCUUCUAGAAAAGAGUAACAUGUAAUGCUUUAAUUCCUUUUUUCAUCCAGGUAAGUCCGUCUGGUCUGAACAUGUAUUAAUAAUGCAGGUUUUCAUAGCAUACUGGAAUGUUUUCUAAGUUCGCCAUCAGGUUACACCACUCAGUUAAUCGGGGCGUGCGAUGAAAUCUGCCUAUUUGGUUGUCUUAAAGUUGUAUAAUUAGUACAGUGUCAAAAGGUCCAUGGCUUCUAUGUCCUACUGCCCCGUGACUUUGUCAUUUGCUUUUUUCACAAAUUUUUUGCCGGUUUAACCGUGCUCCACUUCGGUGAAACCGGGUCCGGGCAGCUCAGUCUAUGUUACUUUGAUAACUGAUCUAGUCAGGCUUGAGAAUGUGCCUAUGAAAUGAUGACUUCUUGUUUAUUUGGCCUGUGUCUUGUUUAUCAAGUCUCCCUUUGAUCGCUUUAUUUUCUUCAUAGAUUGUCGCCUGAUCCCUUAGACUCAGUUCCGUAGCGCAGAUUCCAUCAAGGGUAGGAUAAGUAUAGUUUUUGAGUAACUUUCACAGUAACUUAACCACUUCACAGGCUCUGAGCUCCUUUAAUUUGGUUUUCUGACAGCUGCAGGUCUACUCAUGGCUCGUGGUAUUCACUUAUAAAGUGCCAUUCUAAACGAUUUCUGUGUCCUACGUCGAUCCCCCGCCUGCCAUGAACGUCACUUCGCUCCCUACCAUCAGCUAUUUCUUGGUGGCUUAUUCGUGUAUGGUUGUGAAUGCAUGCACCGGAGGACAUCCAUCUCAUCUCUUAAACGUUACGUGGAUUAAAUGAGAGACCUUUUCCGUCCUUUUCUACCUUCUGUCUUGCGAUAUUUGCUUCCAUCAUAACAUUGUGACCUACGACUAGACGUAAAAUAUAAAACUCGAGUAUGGCAUCUCGGACUAACGAUCAUCUAGAGGGUGGGCGAUUAGAAAAAGAGUUGGGAAUUCGGGUCAAUAAUCCGUAACUAGCACGGCACUUAACAUCACAUUUGGGCAAAAGUUCUAGGCGCAAUUACUUCUAACAGCUGAAUAAUAGCUAGGCAAGUGUCUUUUCCGCAAAAUUUGUAAGGCAGGCCCUUUGGGCUUAGAUAUCCACUAAUGCCUCAUUUUGUACUACAACCAGCGGAGCAUGGCCGCAAUGGAGGUUGUUCAUGCGAUGGUCAGAAUGUGGUGCCGGUCUCGUUCAACGAACGCCUCAAGGCGCAGUCAUCACCGACUAAUCUGGUUUCGCCCCGAAUUUUAGGGUUAUAAGGUACCAGGCUAGCAGCACAGAUGCAUCGAAUUUCGGUCGGCGCCUACGGACCUUAGUAUCCGCUGACCUACUCCAAGUUCGCAGUUAAUUUCUGAGGAAAUUAAAAGGCCAUAAUUCUUCCUUAAUGUCAGCUUAAAUUUUAUACGAUUUAACCUUUGGGGCUACAAAAAGACGUAUUUAUUUUGAAAUGCUUUAUUAGUAUGCACUAAGCGGAAGAUGCUAAGGGCCUAAUAAUUCUCUCCAACUUGUAAACGAUGCCCUUUAAACAUCCAGACUUCGUUAUUCCGUAUGCCUCUUCCAGAUAAAGACCGAACUUUCAAAUACGUGUCCAGAUUUUGCAAGUAUAUGUAGAACACUGAGCUGUAGCUUCUUAAAUUCAGCAACGCUACUAGGUUGUAUGGAUGGUUGUUCUCCAGACAUAGACUUCGUUCCUAUUAGUUGCUAGGAUUGCAGACUGAUUCAAUAUGUCACUGUUUUCCAUAUAUUUCAGCUGAUUUCCUAUUUCCGAAGGGUCUGACGAAUGUACUUAUUUUUUAACAAAUCGGCCUUUUUACAAAUGCCAUCGCAGCCGCUUCUUCUACCGCCUCUUUUUGUUUGGAACGCCUUGUGCAACAUUCCUCUAGACCUCAUAAGGGCAAGCUUUUGUCGCCAAAAUUUACUUAUACUGUUUUUAAAGCGAGUAGGUUUCGAGCGAUUUGCAUACGCCAGUCAUCUCAGCGCAGUUCCGCCUAGUGCAGCAAUUCAUUUAUGGUGAUAUCCUACCACCGUCAAAAAUCAUUCGAACUAAUUUUACUGCCCCGAGUAACCCUUUCCUAUAUAGGUCGACAUUCUUCCUGUGAAGUUUCAAAAUCUGUCAAAGCACCUAUUAAUUAAGUGAGCCUGGUAGUCGUCUGGUGGAUUCCAGGUUAAUUACUCAGGAAAUCCUGCUUGGGCAGUCAGCUAAGUGUAUCAGAUUUGGUGGAUUCCAGACGUUGCAGUAGGCUGGGCGGGUAACUUGACAUAAAUGUGAUUACUUUCACGUCUGCCGCUGGGGCCUCGUAGCUCAGGUCGCUAGAGCAUUGGCUGUACUCAAGCCUUGCCCUUGCUGUCGGGGGUUUGAAUUCCACCGAGAUCACUAAGUUUUCCACACUUGGGUCAGAAUAAGAAAAACGAUUUGUCAUUUUGACAGUCUUCAGUCUAGCCAUGGCGCUGUAUUCAAGUCUUACAGCCUUCUACCAUAAUAAAUAUAUUGCUUGGUAUUUUAAAUGGUCAACAGUGUGAGUUAAUUUUCGUGCGUGCACAAUGAAUGACUUCUCCUUUAAUCUUGCGUUCUUUUGCUACCUGUUCAUAGCAUUCGAAGUGUGACAAGAAUUAGUGAGCUGUUGUCAUUGUGUACUUCGGGUACUGAUUUCAGGUGUUUUGGAAAAUCUGUAAAAAACGACUAUUGAAAGGUCUACAUUAACCUUCUAUAUCCCCUUGCAGGUAGUAAAUCAAGCAGCCAUAUAAACUUUCGAACUGAGUUUGAAAAAUCUUGUUCCGAAGAAUGUACUCCAAGUUAACGCAGUAAUUUCUGAGACUGAAUAGUAGAAACGGAGGAAUCCGGGGAUCCCACGGAUGAGCCGCACUCUCGCGAGUGCGUCAUGCACCGGCAUAAAAUCGGCAAAACAUUGAGCUAGUACGGCUGGCUGACGGCUAAUAAGCUAGAAAUUGUCAUCUGCCUUAUCUUUGUAGGCACUCCCAUCUCCGCCUAUGUUAUUAGUCAUUGUGCGACUGUCUGUGAGGGCUCUAGAUGGAACCCCAAGGUACAGCGGAACGAAAAGAUCCCGUAACCUGGUCGGUGAACGCCCUUCCACCAUGGCUUACAUCCCCGAUUAUGGCCAACGGGACGGGGAGCCCGUGGUUCAAUGAUAGACCGUUGGGCUGCUUAACGCUUAAAGACUAAAGAAUUAGGGUUCGAAUCGACAUAAGGUCGAGUAUUGCUGACCGACGACGGCUAGCAAAUCAGAAAUGGCCAUCUCGGUGCCCCUUGUUUUCGUCGGUAUUUCUUCCUGCACAUAUCUCCUUCUGUUUGCGCUGCGGCGAUUUCGGGGGCAUUUUUGUAUCGAUAAGUCACAGUUAGCAGUUGGCUUACUUUGGCGCUCGCCAUUGAAUUUGCCGCUUUGCCCCCGGCCUCCGUUGGCCAGUAGUCAUGCUUCUGCGGUUUCCGCUAUCCACUCCGGCCCGUGGCGGCACGUGACUCUGAGCGUUGCUAACUUUAGGUUGACUGAUGGGCGUGACGCACCAUCUGCGUCCGAUCAUCACCCGUCCUGCCUGGUCCAGAGCAUCUUUCGAUUUCACUGUAGCUGAAACGAUAAUGUAGACUAGGUUAAAACCCAUUCGGACUGUUCGUAUAAGUGGCAAAGACUCAACUUAGGGCUCUUUAUUUACCAUUUAGCCUUCAGAUCGCCCUUCACAAAUAAACUGAAUAUACCUGUAUUGCCUUUCCUCCUAAUGCCUAUUUUCUUUUACUGUUCGCCUUUACCUUUCCGUUCGUUGAUGGAAACAGUUAAGUCCCAUUUAGCUACUCGGUCACAUCUUUUGCGCCUGACAUAGACUUUUGAGUCAGUUCGCUUCUUUAAAUUUUUCUUUCAGAGGGCGCUGCCAAACGGAAGUAAUGAAUCGUCAGCCCUUGGCCUCGACGCUACCUAUGCCCUCCAGGUAA